AGGACACCUUUCAUUCACAUAUCAACCAAUCAGACAAGUCUUUUUAUCCCUGUGCUUGAGAGUCGGCCAAUCAUAUGAGGUCUCUCAUCCUCGCGCCAGCCAAUCAUUGGCGAGAACCUCCAAAACGUCAACAGAACAGAAGUUUAAACCGGCGAGGGGACAAGAUCCGUGUACUUACUUUCACAAAAAUCCAAAUUUAACUGCCAAAGACAUGAUGAUGGAGGGAGAAGAGAAGGAGAACAUGGCCAGAGUUGGUCGAGGGCUGCACAAGCCGCUCACCCACACAGUGUCCAGCCAUUCUAGUGGGCCAUCUGAAUCAACUGCAAAAUCUGUAACACACAAGUCAGUCUCUAGAAUGUUGUCAAACCCUAUACCAGCCAACAAGCCAACUGCAGUUACUAGGCCUCGGAUGGGUCCCCAGGUAUCUCGCAAGCCACUAAACGAUGAUACUAAUCAGCCAAGAAGCAAGAGUGAAAAUACAGUUUCAACAGUGAAAAAAACCAUUGUAGCCCGAGUGGCAAGUCAUACUCGACCAGUCAUAGAUAACAAGGCUCCAAGACCACAGAUGGGCACUAAAGCAGUGGGUUCAUCCACAAGAACUGUAAACCCAAUGCACAAACAGGGGGGAGAUCACAAGGGAAAUGCUCAGCUGAAGUCAGGACAAACACAUCAUAAGACGGGAAGUGCUUCAGAAAUAAAAAUACCUUCACCACAAAUUAACAAGUCUACUGCACCAACAAAGCAAGGUCCAGCAUUAGCCAAGGAGACUGCUGCAACAAACACCAUAGGCAAACCCUUGGAUGAUGAUCCACGGUCAACAGUAGCCAGUCACCAACAGAAACCUGUAGUACCAGCUUGCCCACAGGAAUCCACAACAGUCAGUGAAACCAAAGAACAAAAUGAAACAAAGUCUUCCUCUGAUCAGCCCGACAGCCAAACAAAAACCCUUCCGGAAGAUGUGAAGGGAGAAAAUCAAACAAACAAAAUCAUAGAUGAUUCUGCUCCCCAAGAAAAUACUGCCAAGGGGCAACAGGCAGAGGAAUCAGAUGAAAAGAAAGAUGACUGGGGUCCCGAUGAAUCAGAACAAGAAAAAUCCUCUAAGAGACAAUGGGUAUUGGAUGAUUUCGAAAUUGGCCGUCCUCUAGGGAAAGGCAAGUUUGGUAAUGUGUAUUUAGCAAGAGAGAAGAAGACACAUACUGUGUUGGCUUUGAAGGUGCUAUUCAAAUCUGUGCUAUCGAAGGCAGGAAUCAUCCACCAAGUGCGCAGAGAAGCAGAGAUCCAGUCCCAUCUAAGACAUCCAAAUAUUCUUCGAAUGUAUGGGUAUUUCCACUGUGAGAAACGUGUAUACCUCAUGCUUGAACAUGCACGAUAUGGAGAGAUGUACAAGGUGCUUUGCUCGCAACCCAACAAGCGCUUUACUGAACACCAAGCUGCAAACUAUAUUGUACAGCUGGUUAGUGCUCUCCAGUACUGCACUCCAAGAAAGUCAUUCAUCGUGAUAUCAAACCUGAAAAUAUUCUAAUUGCUGGAAAUGGGCAGUUGAAGAUUGCAGAUUUUGGAUGGUCUGUUUAUUCCCCUAAUGA